CAUUUCCCACGACCCCCCCUUCCACCGACCCCGGGGGUCCCGAAACCCAGGUGAAGAGCCGCUGGCUUAUUGUUAUCCAGACGGGGCUUUUAUUCUGAAAAUCAUCUUUCGUAUUCAAUAUUUCCUGGUAAGUUUUCUUCCUUUCAUUCUGCGAAUCUGAGCUGUAAUUGUUUUGAAACACACGGAGCACAACAGAAAGCAUAUGUUAGGAAAGACCGAGAUCCGACACAUAAAGACCGCAGAUUUCUGUCCACGAGAUCCGCGCGAGUGUUGUAGUCUGGGCUUUCUCUCGUCCCGUGAUGUGGAUGAGCUGCAUUGAUCUCUAGACAUCAUACAUCUGAUAUAAGUUCCUCUGUUCUAGGAUUAUUGAUUUCUCCUCACUAAAUCACUCCAGUGUAGUAAAGCAUGGAUGUGGAUGUGGUGAGUUUCCGUUUGCCUGGGCAUGGAGACACGGCCCUGAGUAACAUCAACUACCUGCGGACGCAGCAGCACUUCUGUGAUGUGACCAUCGUGGCGGGAGGCAGGCGCAUGUUCAGGGGUCACAAGGUCGUGCUGGCUGCUUGCUCUGUGUUUCUCAGGGACCAGUUUCUCAUGAACCCCUCAUCAGAGCUACAGCAGGUGUCGAUGUUGUACAGCUCAGCGGUGGUGUGUGAACUCCUCCAGUCCUGUUACACGGGUAUGCUGCAGUUCAGUGCCAAAGAGAUUGUGAACUACCUGACUGCAGCCAGCUACCUGCAGAUGGAGCAUGUGGUGGAGAAAUGCAGAGGAGCCCUGAGCCAGUACAUGCAGCCGCAGAGUUGCAGCCCAGUUGUGAAUGUCUCAACCUCAAACAAGGCUAUUCAGACUGUGAAGUCAAAAGACUAUCCGUCUAUGCCGGUGAUUGUCAGUGUAAGAGGAUCAGAUGCAUCUGGACACUUCGAGGGAGCGGAUGGGCCUGAGAGUGACAUCAUUCAGGUGCAGAUCAACGAUGAACAUCAAGACCCCGAGAAGACCUCUGGUGUUGAGGAGGAAGACAGAGAAGCUGUUGUCAUGUUAGACGACCACGAACCGCUGGACACAGGUAUAGAGGAGCCCAAUAUGGAGGGGCGAGCUAAAGGCAACGGCCUCAGAGGGGCAGGCCGCAUGUGGAGACGACGGCACGGAGAGCACAGGGGAGGCAGAGGAAGAGGCUUAAAACACAGGAAGCGAUACAUAUUCAAGGACUGCAAGUUCUUGGGUAACUAUCAGGAUUAUCAGGAGCACCUUCCGACGCCAGAUGAGACCAUAAGUAGUUUUGGAGCCGAUUUCAAGUCCAGUCGGCAUUUCACAGAUGGUUCUGUCUUAGUUGAGUACAGGCCUGGAGAGGGACAAGGAGAAGAGAUCGGCUCUGAUGGAGGUCCUGCACACUUCGGUGUGGAAGCUUCCAGUGGGGAAGAGGGAAUGGGAGUUGGGACACAUACAAAUGAGCAUGGAACUGCUGACGAGUCCGUGGCAGUGGUUGGAUCCACGUCCAGCGUAACGGGACCAGUGGUGUGUGAGCAGUGUGGACUAGCACUUUGCUCAACGCAGGACUUAGCCAUGCAUUCCCUGGUGUCACAUCAACUGUACAUGUGUCCAUGCUGCGGGAAGCACUUCAGCCACUUUAAUAUCCUCAACCGCCACAUGAUCGUCCACCGUGGAGUUUCCAAGCUUCACUGUUGCCCCCUGUGCCACAAGACCUUCACUCAAAAGUCAACACUGUACGACCACAUGAAUGUGCACAGUGGGGAGCGGCCGUAUGUAUGUGCAUACUGCCAUGUCAGCUUUGCCCAUAAGUCUGCUCUGCGCCGCCACCUGAUGGAGCAACACGGAAAGACCAUGCCCCAAAACCACAUGGAGAUGCAGCGAAACAAUGAGGGUGGUGUUAGCCUAGGGUUUUAGAUCAUAUUUAAAUAGGUAAAGUGGGUGUUAUAAUGAAAAGGAAAAUUUACCCUAUUUUAUUUUCUUAAUACUCUUUUAUAUUUUUAUUUUGCACAGCCAUAUAAAUGUCUUUGAAAUCGAUAUGUAAUAACUAUGCAUUUGAGCUCUAUAGCCUUGAGAGAAUGAAUGACCUUUUUAUUCAGUUAUUUAUGGAUAGUUUGCCCA